ACAUGUGCCAAACUGUCAAUAACACAUCGUGUUUAGUUUGUUGAAAUGUUUUUGCAAAUAAAGUUUUUUUAAUAUCGCGCAAAUUUAUAUAUAAUAUUUUUAUUAAAUAUUAACUAAAAAGUUUAUAAAAAACAACGUCAAAUAAACUUUUGCUAAAACAACACAACUCAAAAUAAACGUAAAAGUAAUCACAAACAAAUCAAAAGGUAGCCUAACGAAAAUUAAAAGCAAAAAAAAAACGUGACAGCAAAUAUGCAUAAUAGAAUCUUCUAAGAGACUGUCAAAGCAAAAAAAGGAAAAUUCAAUAAUUUUUCUUUUUUAACGAAAAACAACUAAUAAAUAGCAACGCAAAUAAACUAAACAAUUAAUAAACUAAAAAAAAUUCUACUAAAGUUUCAUAAUAUAAAUUGCAUUGAAUUUGUUUAAUUUAUAGUAAUAUACUAAACCGCGUGUUUUUUUUUUUUGCGUCUCAAAUCUACAGCAUCCCUUCCACCAGCCAGACAAUCUGUAAAAUAAACACAUUUUUUGUUUUGUUUCUAAAUUUUAGCUAAAAAAAACUAUUUCCUCGUGUAACAGAAAGUUAAAUAAUUAAAAAUAAGCACUAUGAAAUACAUAUUAGUUACCGGUGGUGUUAUUAGUGGUGUGGGCAAAGGUGUUAUUGCCUCCUCAUUUGGUACAUUAUUAAAAUCCUGUGGUCUAGAUGUUACUUCCAUUAAAAUAGAUCCUUAUAUUAACAUAGAUGCCGGCACCUUUUCACCCUAUGAACAUGGUGAAGUCUAUGUGUUAGAUGAUGGCGGUGAAGUCGAUUUGGAUUUAGGCAACUAUGAACGUUUCUUGGAUGUUACUCUGCAUCGUGAUAAUAACAUUACCACGGGAAAAAUCUAUCAAUUGGUUAUAGAAAAAGAACGUAAAGGAGAAUAUUUGGGAAAAACUGUGCAAGUGGUUCCCCACAUAACGGAUGCUAUCCAAGAAUGGGUAGAACGUGUGGCUGAGACCCCAGUGCGCGGUAAUUCCAAACCUCAAGUUUGUAUUGUCGAACUGGGCGGCACUAUUGGUGAUAUUGAGGGUAUGCCUUUCGUUGAAGCCUUUCGUCAAUUUCAAUUUCGUGUUAAACGUGAAAAUUUCUGUGUGGCUCAUGUUUCAUUGGUGCCCUCACCCUCCUCGACGGGUGAGCCCAAAACUAAACCCACUCAGAGUUCUGUACGUGAAUUGAGAGGUUUUGGUUUAAGUCCCGAUCUAAUAGUUUGUCGUUCGGAAAAACCUAUUGGUUUAGAGGUUAAAGAGAAAAUCAGUAAUUUCUGUCAUGUGGCCCCCGAUCAAGUUAUAUGCAUACACGAUUUGAGUUCUAUAUAUCAUGUACCCUUGUUAAUGGAACAGACGGGAGUUAUAGAGUUUUUAAACGAACGUUUGCAAUUGAAUAUCUUGCCCAGCAAAAGAGAAAAGUGCUUGCAACAAUGGAAAGAUUUGGCUAGACGUUCGGAGACAUUACGCAAAAAUGUGGCCAUUGCUUUGGUAGGUAAAUACACUAAAUUCAAGGAUUCUUAUGCGUCUGUGAUGAAGGCUUUACAACAUGCUGCCCUGGCGGCUGGUUAUAAUCUUAAGAUAAAUUUCAUUGAUUCCACUUUGUUGGAGAAAGAAACCCUACAGGAGGCUCCUUCCAAAUACCACAGAGAAUGGCAAAUGUUGUGUGAAAGUGAUGGUGUUUUAGUGCCAGGAGGCUUUGGUUCACGCGGCAUUGAGGGCAAGAUUAAGGCUUGCCAAUGGUGUCGUGAGAAUCGCAAACCUUUCUUGGGCAUUUGCUUGGGUCUACAGGCUGCUGUUAUAGAAUUUGCCCGUAAUGUUUUGGGCCUUAAAGAUGCUCAUACCACAGAGAUAGAUCCCAAUACUUCGCAUGCUUUGGUCAUUGAUAUGCCUGAACAUCAUACCGGACAAAUGGGUGGUACUAUGCGUUUGGGUAAACGUACUACCAUCUUUGCGGAUGAACCUAGUAUCAUACGACAAUUGUAUGGUAAUCCCAAAACCGUAGAUGAACGUCACCGACAUCGUUAUGAAGUCAAUCCAAAAUAUGUGCCACAACUGGAAGAGCAUGGUAUGCGUUUUGUGGGUUGUGAUGAUACUAAAACACGUAUGGAAGUUAUAGAAUUAAGAGAUCAUCCCUACUAUGUGGGCACCCAAUAUCAUCCUGAAUACUUGUCCCGUCCACUCAAACCCUCACCACCAUUCCUGGGUUUAAUAUUAGCCUCUGUAGGUCGUUUACCCAAUUACAUAGCCAGAGGCUGUCGUCUUUCGCCACGUCAAAUGUCCGAUGUUUCCUCAGAUGAAGAGGAUAUGUUGGUAUCCGAUGCCCUUAAACAUUUGAAAUUAAAUGGUAAUGCUAACUUGACCCCUAAUGGUAAAACUUUAUUAUUAAAUGGUAGUGCUUCAGCUUCAGAUUCUGAAGCUACUCCUGCUGCAGUAAAUGGUUCAGCUUAAAAAAAAACAAAUUAAAACAUUUACAAACAUAUACGUAUAUAUUUUUUGAAUAUUUAAUAUUAAUUAACGAAAUUUCAAGUCUUCUUAUUUAUAAAGAAAACACAAUUUUUUUGUCUAGCCUGUAAGUCCAAAUAUUUCUUUCUUUAAAUGAAAUAAAAUUAAUAAUUUUACUUAAAUUUGUUAAGUAAAUACAAACUGUUAAAAUUGUACACUUAUUAAUAAGUUUCCAACUGUUCAACAACUAGUAAAUAAACUCACCCUCUCUUUUUGUUUAUUAAUAUAUAUAUAAUUUUAUAUACAUAUUUACCAUAGUUUAACUUUCUUUUUGUAAUAAUUUAAGUUUAUUGUAACGUUGGCCUUAGUUUUUUUUUUAUUAAAAGAAGAAAAAUCAUGUUUUAUUGAAAUAUCAUUUAUAAAAUACAACAAAAAAAUAAAAUAAAUUUAAAUAAAACAUCA